AUGGUCUUUGUGGGUCGUUGGUUCACCGGCAAAAGCCUCAUGACUGGCUUGAGUAAGGCGUCUCUUUCCAGUGGGCCCAAGGCACUUGGCCGUGCCCUGGCGCGACAAAUAGCGGUGCAAUUCUCCGUGGAUGUGCGCACUUUGGCGCCGGUGGUUAGUCUGAGUGGCAUUUGCAUGCUGCAGAACAUGACGAGCCAGCCACUAUCGGUGGAUCUGGGCUUUGAUGCCACGGGGACUUCGAUCACUGCGGCCGUGAAACCUUACGAGACCUGGCAUGCGGGCAUUGGUGGAGGCUACGAGGUCUCCAUGCCCUUGUCGGAUCAAGGUUCCUUCAAGAUGAAGCUGCCUCUGGACACCACCCCGCUGGACGACGAGCAGAUUCUGCUCGCACGCUCUGCGGGAUAUCGCUACGUGCGGGGACCUGGGUUUCGGCGAAUGGUUCCUUCGUCAGUGUUGUUUUGA